AUCAUCAUCAUCAUCUUCUUCCUACUAAUAUGAUGACAGAAUUUAAGGAUUUACCCCUGGAAGGCACCCACGGUGAAGAAUCUAGACCGCUCUUUCCCGCGUAUUCUGGAGACAAAGUAUGCCAAAAGUCAGAUUCAAAGGACCUUGCCAAACUCGUACAAAUACCGACCGCUUCACCGAGUGAUCUUCCGACCGCUUCACCGAGUGACCUAAAGACCGCUUCACCGAGUGACCUAAAGACCGCUUCACCGAGUGACCUAACGACCGCUUCACCGAGUGACUUACCGACCGCUUCACCGAGUGACCUAACGACCGCUUCACCGAGUGACUUACCGACCGCUUCACCGAGUGACUUACCGAACGCUUCACCAAGUGACUUACCGACCGCUUCACUGAGUGACUUAACGACCGCUUCUCCAAGUGACUUACCGACCGCUUCUCCAAGUGACUUACCGACCGCUUCACGGAGUGACUUACCGAACGCUUCACCAAGUGACUUACCGACCGCUUCACUGAGUGACUUAACGACCGCUUCACCGAGUGACCUAACGACCGCUUCACCGAGUGACUUACCGACCGCUUCACCGAGUGACACCGUAAUACCACUGCAACCGUGGACCGUUGUACUACAAAAACGCCCUAAAAAGGGUACAAAGCAAAAGGGCCGACCGGAACGCAGUCGCAACAGCCGCGCGAGACGGAAGGCCCGCAGAUUAGAGAAGCAAAUCGCAAUCGCAGCGGAAACGCAGCGCGAAUUGCCUUCCACCUCUAAGGUGUUGAAGGCACAAAGUGUCAUGAUACCACCACCACAUAUUCCCUCCAUUUCCAAGGUUGCUACUAUGGUACAAAGUGUCAUGAUUCCUUCACCAUAUAUGCCAUCCACUUCUAAGGUGUCGGCUCAGACACAAAGUCUCGUGAAACCACCAUCACCAGAGCAUAUCCCAUCCAGCUUCAAAGUACCACUACCGACCCCCAUCUCUAAAGUGUAUACUGAGGCACAAAGUAUCAUGAAAGCAUCACCAUCAUCAGAGCAUAUCCUGUCCACCACAAAAUUACCACCAGCAUCACCAGAGCAUAUGCCUUCGACUUCCAAGUUACCACCAUCACCACCACGACCCAAGCCCAUCUCUAAUGUGUCGACUGAGGCACAAAGUGUCAUGAUUCCUCCACCACCAGAGCAUAUCCCUUUCAGCUCCAAGUUAGCACCAACUACGCCUAUCUCUAAUGUGUCGACUGAGGCACAAAAUGUCAUUAUACCACCACCACCAGAGCAUGUGCCUUCCACCUCCAAAUUACCACCACCUAUGCCCAUUUCUAAGGUGUCGACUAAGGCACAAAGUGUCAUGAUACCUCCACCAACAGACCAUAUGCCUUCCACCUCCAAAUUACCACCACCACCGACCUUAUCUAGCCAGUCAAAGAGACAAACUCCGAGAGGGCAUCGCGGUCGGCGGACGGCUUUGGCGACCCCUGAAAAGCAACCUGGGAUUGUGCCUUCCAAAAAGCGCCCUCGACUUGAAACCAAGUCUCCCGAGGAAGCCAAACGCACGAAAACCACCGCGAAUCCUAAACGGACGGUGAUAGAUCAGAGUCAAUUGGAACUGCAAAUAGCAGUCACCACCGUCCCGCAAGAAUCGCUUUCUUCGAGCCAGGCAAGACAACUUCAGGAUGCCGUCGAAGAUAGCAUCUUGCAAGUAGUCCUGUCUCCGUCUCAGACCGUUCUAGCUCCAUCUUUCCGCGGGCGCCCCUAUCUCUUCCAAGGGGCCUUAGCGAUGUGGUGCGAGAAUGAUUACACUCGCGACUGGCUAGAAAACGCUUUGAAAUCCAUACCAUCUCCCAUCCCUGAUACCACUUUAGUAGUCGUGAAACUUUCAGACUUGAAGAGGAAGAUCAGAGCCGGUCUUCUUUUGCAUACCUUUAUCACCGACGCGGCGAUGAUUCAGAAAGUCCUUUGCUCCCAGAACCCUUGGUACCAGGUCGAUACCUGGCAAUGCUUGAGUAUGUCGGUGAAGGAAGGUGAUGGUCAUAGGCAUUUACCCCCCAAAUACAAGGAGGUAUAUAUGACCUUGGGGAUUCCUGAAGAGCAGAAACAGGCUAUAUUAGACAGAGGCCGGCGGGUGUCUCAUUUAUCGGGAGGCGGAUACAUCCGCUUCCUUGGCAAGGAAGAAGAGGCCACCAACACCAACAGAGAAGUGAAGAAUUCAACAGAAUCGUCCAUCUCAGCUCCCCAUCAGGGUCAGAGCAAGAUGGAGUAUUAAGGCUUGGUAUUUCUGCUAAAGUAGGUAUUUCGCGCUGUCAAAAUCUGCGCGCGCAAUACUUCGCCGAAGACAGCGCGCCAAAGAGCUCUCGCGGCUACACAGUAUAGAAAUACGCAGUUUAGAAAUACGCAGUUGGUUAGGUUAGGUUGACUUCCUUCCGUUCAAGCGUCACACUCACAGCACUUUGUAAUACAAAUCAUAUCCAAGUGAUACAAAUUAAAACAACUUUCAAAAUUUUUGGGAAUAUAUUUUAGAAUCGAAUAAAUAUAGAAUAUAACUGCCAAAGUAAACACGGUUCAAAGAGGCGUGGCGUCACCCGACCUUCCGGAAGUUCCGCGCCGGCUAAAAGAAUUUCAAGAUUACGUCACCCGACCUAUCGGUAGAUCCUCGGGAGCUUGAGCGAUUGGAAAAACAUUUUAUGAUCAGUUAUGUUACUCGUAGUAGCGAUUAUUUAGAGCUUGGAUAAUAAAUUAUAGUUGUUGCAAUUCACAAAGCUUUGCAUGUGGUUAAUUACAUUAAUCAGUACACGCAUCAAUUUUGUUCAGUCUUAUUGUUUAUUAAUAAAUAAAAAUAUCAUACUAAAAUUGCAUACAUAUUUGUUUGUAUUUGUCUGGGUGUUUUCUUUCCAUAAUUUAUGUAUAACGUAUGUACGGGGCUCUGUAUCGAAAAUCACUAUGAGCAAUAAGCAUCACACACGGUUACCUGGAGUGCAUUACCGCAGCAAAAAGCUUGCCAUCUUAAAUGAACGGUAUAAUAUCGAGGUUUCGUCAGUACAGUUGCGAACGAAGGUGUUUGUGUAGUGUAGUUGAGUUGAGAGGUCAGAUUAUUGAAAUAAUAAAACGAACAUUUUAUUUUUUAAAUACAUUUUAAAAAUAAUUUAGGUACAUUACAGAUAACAAUGAGAGGAUGAC